ACACUCCCAGAUUCGUCCUAUUUGGCAGCUGCCUCCUCAUCAGGAACUUCUAACAUCACUCAAAGAUUCUCUCCACCAAAUUACCCACCACCAUGGCCCACCGUUAUCCAGCACUCACUGCAGAGCAGAAGAAGGAACUCUCAGACAUUGCCAAACGCAUUGUUGCCGAUGGCAAAGGGAUCCUGGCUGCAGAUGAGUCUGUUGGUACCAUGGGCAAUCGCCUGCAGAGGAUCAAGGUAGAGAACACGGAAGAAAACCGCCGUCAGUUCCGAGAAAUCCUCUUCUCCGUGGACAAAUCCAUCAGCCUGAGCAUUGGGGGUGUGAUCCUUUUCCAUGAGACUCUCUAUCAGAAGGAUAGUCAGGGAAAAUGGUUCAGAGAUAUCCUCAAGGAAAAGGGGAUCGUGGUGGGAAUCAAGCUGGACCAAGGUGGUGCUCCCUUGGCAGGAACAAAUGGAGAAACCACCAUUCAAGGCUUGGAUGGACUAUCUCAGCGCUGCGCCCAGUACAAGAAGGAUGGUGUUGACUUUGGGAAGUGGAGGGCUGUGCUGAAGAUCGCUGACCAGUGUCCCUCCAGCCUGGCCAUCCAGGAGAAUGCCAAUGCGCUGGCCCGCUAUGCCAGCAUCUGCCAGCAGAAUGGACUGGUCCCCAUUGUGGAGCCAGAAGUCAUCCCCGAUGGAGAUCAUGACCUUGAGCAUUGCCAGUACGUCUCUGAGAAGGUCCUGGCUGCUGUCUAUAAGGCCCUGAAUGACCACCAUGUCUACUUGGAGGGAACACUACUGAAGCCCAACAUGGUGACAGCUGGACAUGCCUGCACUAAGAAGUACACCCCUGAACAAGUGGCUCUGGCCACUGUCACAACUCUCCAUCGAACGGUCCCUGCUGCCGUUCCAGGUAUCUGCUUUCUAUCUGGAGGCAUGAGUGAAGAAGAUGCAACUCUCAAUCUAAAUGCCAUCAACCUUUGCCCACUGCCCAAGCCCUGGAAGCUAAGUUUCUCCUAUGGACGGGCCCUGCAGGCCAGUGCACUUGCUGCCUGGGGGGGCAAAGCUGAAAACAAGAAGGCAACCCAGGAGGCAUUUGUGAAGAGGGCUAAGGCAAACUGCCAGGCAGCCAAAGGGCAAUACGUUCAUUCAGGCUCAUCUGGUUCUGCUGCCAGCCAGUCCCUUUUCACUCCCUCCUACACCUACUAGUGUUCUAGGAAUCUCUCCCCCACCGUUGCCCCAGCUCCUCUUUACAUGUCAUUAGGACGUGACUGAGAAGUGAAUAUAUUUCAACCCAGACUGGAAAUUGUGUGACAAUUCUGAUUGGACUUACUGGCAACACAAUGCACUUUAAAUCCUUAAAUUCAGAGUGAACAUUAGUUCUACACACACACACACACACACACACACACACACACACACACACCUUCUUCUCCUCACCCUUCCCUAAUCCCCCUCCCAACUCUUAUUUUAAGGACCUGAAACCAAUUUUCACAAAGCUGUUCCUUGCUGGUAGGGAAGCUGGAUAACAGUUUCAACCCUAUCUCAGUGACGCUCAUUCCCUGUAGCUUAAGAGUAAUUAGUAUUUUUUUUUAAAUGCCACUUUUCUGCCACGAAUAACAGUCAUCCAAUGAAACACCUCUCGGAAGCUGUGGACUGAUAAGCAUUUCUUACCAAGUAGUCCUGGCAGUCUGCAAAGCAGUAUUUGCAUUGGAAAAUAAAUAAAACAUUUUAUAAACACUUGG